ACGGUCAGUAGUUCUAAGGUUAGGGUAGUGUGCCCCUCAGUUUCCUUCUUGUUUGCUUGUUUGGGGGCUUCCUUAGAUACUUCCCGUGAUUUUCACCCUUUGGUUGGGAAUUUUUUUUUUUUUAGGGUAGUGGUAUAGGUGUUGCAUUGGGUGAGUUAUUCCCUAUGCUUAGUCAAUCGAUCAAUUGGUUUGAACGUUUGGUGAGUGAGAGAGAGAGAAUGUCUGAGGUUAGGUCCAGUGAGCUCGAGACCGGGUUAUCCUUUAGCGAUGACUUGGUGGAGGGGGAUAUCGCUGUCUCUGUCCCUACAAAGGUUAGGGCUUUUCAUGCCCUUGAGGAGGUGUGUGCUUUGGACGAUGAAACACUCUCCAGAUUUAAGAAUAGGUUUCAAUUCCUAGAUAGGGUUAGGGUUCGUCUGCCUCGUGAGGAGGAACGAGCUUGCCACUUCUCGCCUGGGGAGGUAUGCUUCUAUAAAGCAGCCUUCCUGUGUGGGCUUAGAUUACCCAUCCACUCGUUUCUUAUGGAGCUUUUAGGAUACUUUGGUAUUGCUUCUAGGCAACUUAUGCCCAAUUCGUGGAAGAUAGUGGUCUGCUGUAUGGAGAUAUGGUUGGCCGCUAUGGACGGAGAUAUGAUUAAGGUGGACAAGCUUGCCUACCUUUAUUGCUUAAAGUCAUCUAAGGAGUAUGGGCAUUACGAAUUGGUGCCCUGGGAGAGGAGGACUAGGAUCGUCUAGGAUUUGCCUUUGUCAUUCAGAUACUGGAAGUCCCAGUUCUUCUUUGUUUUCGGGGACAACAGCAAGACUCCUUCUGUGGAAGUUUAGGGUGAUCUCACAAGGUUGCUCCGUCGGUAGGGAACCCUGAACUUAGUUAAUAGAUGGCCUAAGCUUAAAAGCAGGUACAAGGAGCAUGUUGAAAAGGCCAUUGAUUACGUGAAGAUGACUGAGGAUUUUGAUGAUCUAGUGGACCCAUGGACUCUUGCCUUUUAUUGCCUUGGUCCAGAUUCGUCUGCCUUCGUCCUGCGCAAUAUUGAAAUUGAGGAGAAAAAGAGAAUGACGACUAAAUUUAAUCAAGAAAUGUGUGCAAAGAUGAGAUUGAAGAAGAACGAGCCACAAUCCAAUCUCGGGAAGAGGACAGUGCAUGUUACAAGGAAGGGCACCCCUGUUACUUCAGCUAUUCCCAUUGCUCCAGCUGUCCUCGGUAUUGAGACGACGAGGACAACCUCUCCGGCCACUUCGGUUGAGGAGAUCGCUACCCUUGCCUUUGAGAGGACAUGCUUGAUUGAUAAAGGGAAGGAGAAGGUUGAUUCCCGUUCGUCUAGUGUUUGGGAAAAUAAAGAACUUGCGGUGGAAAGGGCAUAUGAGGUCGUCACUAUUGAGGACCUGAAGGUUUUCUCGGGCGUGCCUUCCAAUGAGGUCGUGGCUCGUCAUGUCCACAAACUCGUUCAAUGCUAGGGGAGAGUCUUCACAUCACCUCGAAGUACCUCACUCAAGAGGCCAAGGUCGCGUCUGUAAUGUCCAAAAUGGAGGCUUUGGAGGCGGAGAACUCCAAACUGAAGAAAGACCUAAUUGUCACUAUGGAUGAGGCUAACACCAUUAAGGAAAAAGCCAAGACCUUGAGCGACGACCUCAGAGCUGAGCGGCAGCUAACUCUGGAAAAAGACGAACAACUUCUAGCUACCAAGGAGAAACUCAAGACUAUUACUACUAAGGCCGUUGAGGCUUUCCAGUAGACUGACAAGUACAACACAAUGCUCUUCAGUUGGCACUUUGAAGGUUUUAAGCUCCUAAGAAGGUACUUCGUCAAGCAUCCCAUCGGCGUGGAUUUAGAGAAUUUGGACCUAGAAGGGUGGAUAAAGAAAUGGCAGCUGACGAAGCCUCUCAGUCCUUGGCUCCUAAGGGUGAUGCUCCUGAGAGUGCUCUUACUGGUGGUGACGCUGUUGCCAAUGCUUGAACCUGUCAUUUUUCCUUUGUAAUCUCUCCUUCUUUUUUUAGGUGCCCAGUAUUUUGGGCUUUUUAAUUCUAUUUUGAGAACAAUAUUCUAAUAUGAGA